UGGGGACGCUGGAGGGGCGGCGGGGGGAGCGUGGGGAGCGAGAAGGGGAGAUGAAAGGGAAGCAGUCGUGUGUCCGGCAACUUUGAGUGUCGCUGUGGCACCGUGGCGGGGAGGGAGGCGGCACCAGUGAACGCUUGGUGAACGUGCUGGAAGUGUCCUCGCCGAUGUGCGCCUCGCCUCGCCCUCGCCCUCGCUGAGACCCCUGAGCCUCGCACGCACCGAGGUGCCAGCCUCCACCGCUGGGCCCCGACUCAUGAUGGUGGUUCCUGACGCAGAGGUGACGCCGCGCGGUGCACUCAGCCCUCUCUCUCAGCCUCAGCUGGCGAACCGGCCACAGCCCAUUGCCAGGCGGCACCAGCAGUAGCAGCAGCAGCAGCAGCAGCAGCAGGGGUGGUAGGAUGCUGGCUGCGGCGGCGCUGGUGAUGGCGGGACUCCUGGGGGCCGCGAGAGCCGAUAUCCAGUUCCAGACGUUUGAAAACGGCCCCGUGUCGCCGCUGCGGAGCCUCGAGAACCUGGUGCGCUUGCUGCAGAAGGAGGUGACGGACAUCCGCAAGGAGGUGCACACGCGCAUGGACACCAUGAAGUACGAGCUGACGUGCGAGAUCCGCAACCUGAAGGAAGCGCUGGCCAAGGAGCGCGAGGAGACCAACGGCAAGGUGGACGAGGUGGCGCUGCAGAUGAGCGACGUGAAGAAGAAAGUAAAGCGCGGCCUGCGGCGCGUCGGCGUGCAGAACGACGACAUCAAGGGCGAGCUGCGGUCCCAGAAGGCAGAGCUGUUCGCAGUGCGCAACAGCGUGUACGACGCUCGCGAGGAGGUGCUGGACAAGGGCAACCUCAUCCUGCGCAAGGUGAACGCCACCAACGGCACGCUGGUGUGCCACAUCACCGACCUGCGCUCCAAGCUGUACAAGAUCAACAACAACCUCGCCUUCAUCUCCGACGAGCACAAGCGGAUGAUGGAGGUGGUGUCCAGCCUAUACGGCCGCAACGGUGCCAAGAACUUCGGCGCCAGCCCACUCCCGGGCGCGGGCGGCGCCGAGACAGGCGGGGAGUGCAACGAACGCCUGCUGCCGGGCUGCUCCUACACGCCGCUGGACACGCAUGAGCUGGGCCUGGACGCCGUCAAUAAAACCUUCCUCAACGACUCCCUGGGCGGCAUACAGCGCGUCGCCAGCCUCGGAGGCUCGCCAGACCCAGACCGCGUGGAGAAGACGUGGGACAGCGAAGACAUCUCCCCCGAGGAGACACUGUUCCCCACCAUGCCCGAGGACUGCAACGACGACAAGCGGAAGUACCUGGAGUAUCCGCCCAUGCCCCGCGACUGCAAGGAUGUGUUCGAUUUGGGCUUCAUGGAAGACGGCGUGUACCGCAUCCAGCCGCCCGGCCUGUCCUCCCGCGAGGUGUACUGCGACCACCACACCGCGGGCGGUGGCUGGACCGUGAUGGUGGCGCGCCGCAAGCUGCCGCGCCACAUCUCCUUCAACAGAUCCUGGCACGAGUACGAAGUGGGCUUCGGCGACCCCAGCAAGGAGUACUGGAUCGGUCUGAAGGCUCUCCACGCCCUUACCAGCGGCCGCCCACACCAGCUGCGGGCGGACAUGGAAGACUGGGAAGGAAAUGCAGCGUGGGCGUCCUACUCCUUCUUCUCGGUGUCUGGCGAGGAGGACAAGUACCGCCUCAAGGUGUCUGGCUACACGGGCACUGCCGGGGACAGCCUGAGACACUCCCACCUGCAGAUGUUCUCCACGGUGGACAGCGACAAUGACCAGGAGAAUUGGGGCAGCUGCGCGAGAGGUCGAGGCGGCGGCGGGUGGUGGUGGGGCCGCUGUGCCUGCACGCAGCCGACGGGGCAGUACCGGAGGGGCAGGUACCAGGGGCCUGAGCGCGGCGUGACCUGGUGGCACUGGAAAGAUUCAAACUACUCCCUCAAGUCCCUGGUACUCAAGUUUCGGCCGCUGGAGUGAUGGAGUAGCGACGACAAACCGAAGGAGUGAUCACGGAGGAGGAGGAGUAGGAGGAGGAGGAGAAGGAGGAGGAGGAGGAGGAGGAGGAGGAGGAGGAGGGGUUAUAUGGGAGGUCUAGAGGGAGUGUGAUGAUGGCGCCCCCUCUCCCCAGUGUCCCUUCAGGCUUAAGGCGCCCCCUUCUCCCUCCAACCCCAAGGAGUGGACUAGUGGUGAGCACAGUGCAAGUUUAGGGGUGCCUGUGUGUGUGUGUGUGUGUGUGUGUGUGUGUGUGUGUGUGUGUGGCAAACGUUGCGUGGUGUUGAUGUGCUAACGUUUCUUGUUUGCGUGCAGUGUGUGUGUGUGUGUGUGUGUGUGUGUGUGUGUGUGUGUGUGUGUGUGUGUGUGUGUGUGUGUGUGUGUGUGUGUGUGUGUGAGUAUCUGCGUAUGAGAGAGAGAGAGAGAGAGAGAGAGAGAGAGAGAGAGAGAGAGAGAGAGAGAGAGAGAGAGAGAGAGAGAGAGAGAGAUAACAUAAUCUAAUCCCACCACUACUACUACUAAUACCAUCAUCACCACCACCACCACUUCUACCACCACCACCACCACCACCACAACCACUACCACCACCACCAUCGCCACCACCAUCACUACCACUACCACCACCACCACUUCCUCUCCUCAUGUUCACAUCCCCAAAAUAACUCGGUUUGUCGUCGUUAUUGCCACCACUCACGUGCGCACACAGACACACACACACACACACACACACACACACACACACACACACACACACACACACACACACACACGCACACGUUACGGGCUUCCACAGUAACCACAUUAAAAACACUCAUGGAAAGUGCUAACAACACACACACACACACACACACACACACACACACACACAAACAAACAAACAAACAAUACAAAAUAAGAUAAUUGACCACUAAAAAUAUACAUAUAACAGGAAGAAAAAAAAGAAAAAAAUCAUUAAUGCAUUACUAAACCGAAAGUCAAAGGUGAAAUUUCUCAUAGUGAUGUUAAUAAGAAUUAUGUUGUUUUCAAGGCUGAGAAUUGGCUCAAAAACCAAUGAGAAAAGGAAAAUCAAGGUGAAAAUAAUACAACUGUCAAAAUAUUUCAUUCUUAAAUUGAAUACAAAAAUAAUUAAACCUAAGGAGAAAAUUAGAAUGAUGAAACAAGUAAUAAUAAUAAUAAUAAUAAUAAUAAUAAUAAUAAUAAUAAUAAUAAUAAUAAUAAUAAAAGAAAUGAUAGUACACUAAUGGAAGCAGAUGCAUAGAAUCACUACUAUUAUAUAAGUCUUAAGGUAAUUAUAUUUUUGUAAUAUAUUUUUUUUUUGUGUCGUAAUGUAAGCUAUUUAUCGCACGCACCACAACACUGCUUUGUUGUGCCGCAGCCCUGGUCGCAGCAGGGGUCUUUGGGAGCGUCCCUGGAGGGGGUCUUCUGGGGGCCUUCCUUGGGGAUGCUUCUGGAACUCUUUUAGAUCCUGUUGGGGUCCUUCUGGGAUCCUACAGAAAUCCUAUUGAAGGAUCUUUCUGGGUCUUGUAGGGGUUGUUUCCAGAGAUCCUAUUAGGGGUCAAAGGUCAUUCUGGGGUUCCGUUUAAAGUCCCAUUGGCCCUUUCGUAAUCCUGUUAGGCUCUCAUUGAGUGUUCCUCUGUGGUCGUGUUGGACCCUACUGAGGACCUUUAUUGGGAUUUGUAGGGUCCUGGUGAGGUCCCAUGAAGGUCCUUCUUUGGGACUUUAGGGAGUUUUUGGAGGUCAUUCUAGGAUCCAACUGGAAACCUAUUUGAGCCCUAUUUGGAUCAUGGUAGGUCCUAUUGAAGGUCCUUUUGGAGGUCCCUGCAGGGGCUCAAUGUGCGGUUCCUCAUGGGAUGUUCUAUCGCGGUCCUACUUAGGAAAUCUUGGGGAUCCUAAUAUCAGUUUCCUGUGGGGGGUCUUCCUAGGGAUCUCAUUGGGGCAUUCUCAGGAUCUUAUUGGCAAUCUAGUAAGAUCCUCUUGAAGGACUUUUGGAGAACAUUGUAGAGGUCCUCCUGGGGAUCAUAUUUGGGGUCAUUCUGGAAGUCAUCUUAAGGUUGUUCUUUAAAUCCUUAAGAGAUUGCAUUGAGGAUAAAUUUGGGUUCCUAUUAAAGGGUCCUAUCAGUGUGAUUCUGGGAGUCCUUUCGUUGUCCCACUGGGGUCGUCCUGGGUCCCAUCAGGGUCGUUCUGGGGGUCUCUGGGAUCCCUGAUGCAAGCCAUUAUAGCAAAGUGCGUCACUGGCGUCCCGGUGACCAGCAACUCCUGUGUUCACUUCAUUAUGCACUUGCGUGACGCCACCAUCACCUGCACUACUCGUGUGUGUGUGUGUGUGUGUGUGUGUGUGUGUGUGUGUGUGUGUGUGUGUGUGUGACGGAGGUAUAUGCACUAAUAUUUCUUUCUUGUUUACAUUGUCUCUUUUAUUGCCAUCUUUUUGCUUCUUCUCUUCCCUUCUUGUCCCUGCCAUCGUUUUCUUUUCUCAUUUUAUCUUUAUGAUCUAUUUUUCCCGUGGUCUGCAUUUUGUGUUUUGCUCCUUUUCUUUUGUCUUCUGUUUUCUUUCUUUUUUCUUCUUUUCAUGUCAUCGUCUUUUUAAAUUUUUUUUUUCCUGUUGUUGCAUAACGACGCAGAGAGAGAGAGAGAGAGAGAGAGAGAGAGAGAGAGAGAGAGAGAGAGAGAGAGAGAGAGAGAGAAGGGAAGGAAAGCCCUGAACUUUUCUUUCUUUCAACAUCUUUUCAUAUUAACAAACAGAACCGGAAUUCAGUUUUUGACGGUGAAGCGGCACACCCACAAAAUGACUGGGGGCGUUUGCUGGGAAGAUCAAUUCACCACAAGGCGUUCAUCCUCUUCCCGGUGGUUUAGGCGCGGUGGUUCUGUGCUUCCCCGAGUACAAGUAUUGACUAAACCGCAAACUGAACCGCAAACAGCGUGUCCUUAAGAGCUCACUUCAUCAAGCGCGUUCAUUACUGAUUGUGUGGAUUUUUUUCCUGUUUCUUGUCGACGUAGAUGAAGUAAACAGUGAAUCAUUAGUCAGUGCGAUCAAACUUACAGAUAAAGGCAUAUGUAAUAACAGAACACAAGAUCAAAGUGAGAGUCCCGGUUUUGUUCUCAACGCAGAUGAAGUAAAGAGUUGAAUGACUUGGCAAAGCGAUAAAAUUCAUGUAUAAAAACAAAUCUGAUGGAAGUAUGGAGGACUAAAGUGACUGAAUGAAUGAACGAGUGAGUUAACAUGGGUAGAUAGACUGAUAGGUGGAUAGAUAUGCCAAAUUCAACAACCCUCUUCCUUCUUUCCAUCACGUAGACAUUACUCUUCUGGUCCUUCUCCAACUCCCGGUGAAGAGAAACACACACACACACACACACACACACUGUAAUGGCGUUUGUAAUCUCUACCUCUAUAAUAUCUCCAAGGGGUAACAUUUUCUGUUAUUAUUUAUUAUUAUUUUAACACCGAGGGAGUUAGGUGAGGUUAGGCUGGGUUAGGCUAGGUUACCCGCGAGCACCAGUAGAACACGGUAACAAGAAAACAGUCAUAAAAAUUAAUAGUCGCUCGUUACGUUCUCUUCUUCCUUCAUCUGUCUGUACUUCUCUUUAUACGAGUACAUGUUACUGUAAAGAGCUCUAGCAAAACACGAGGACAACAUUCAUUCACGAAAACUAGUAAUCAUUCGUUGUUUUCUUCUCCCUUCAUCUGUCUCUACUUCUCUUUAAACGAGUACAUGUUACUGUAGAGAGCGCCAGCAAAACACGAGAACAAAAAUCACUCAUUCGCGAAAACUAGUGAUCAUUCGUUACGUUUUCUUCUUCCUUCAUCUUCCUCCUUGCCUCUGUUUAUGUACACACGCGCAUCACUCCCGCGCAUCCACCAUCACCAGCGGCAGCGGUGGCACGCAUACACAUACAAACACGGCUCACGGAGGGUUGCGUCACGGUGUUCCGGUCAUUACUAGUGUUAUUACUAGUGCCCCAGCAGGUCCUUGUGUUUUCUUCAUGUGUCCAUCUAUCAUGUGCUCGUGGCGUUACAUCUGUUGGUGCAUCAGCCACCAUAGAGCAGCGGUAGUGGUCCUGUGCAGGUAUGGAAGUGUCUGUGUUGGGAGGAGGUCCGUGAUUCGGCGUCUUACCUCCACGACUUCCAACAGGCCCUAGUGGGAGUUUGCGGGAAUUUAAAGGAUGUUUUCAUGAUUCUAGUGUUAGUUCAAUAAAGAUUCUUCAGCUUUAACAGAUUUUAGCGUGAGUUCUUGCGGUUUUUAAAGGCGUUUUCAUGAUUUUGGUGAUAGUUCGAUAAGGACAGUACUCUUUGAAAGCGCUCUAGUGAAAGUUAUUGAGGUUUUCAUGGGUGAUUUUAUGAUCUUAGUGAUAGUUUAAUAAGUACUCUAUACACUGAACAUACUCUAAUAGAAGUUAUGGAAUAUUGAACAUACUCUAAUAGUAGUUAUUGAAGAUUUCAAAGAUAUUCUCAUGAUUCUAGUGAUAUUUUAAGGAUUCUACGCUUUGAACACGCUGUAGUGGAGGUUACUGAGAUUUUAAGGAUGUUUCCAUGACGUGAUAGUUUAACAGCGACCUUUUAUUUUUAUUAACAAACUCUAGUGGGAGUUAUUGAGAUUUUCCUGUGUUUCACAAUUUUAGUGAAAUGUAACAGGCUCUUGAAGGAGUUUAUUGAAAAUUUGAGGGUGCUUUUAUGAUUCAAUGCACCAUCAUUGAAAAAAAAAAAUGAUAAAACCCGACUUAUCAUUUCUGUGGCCUUUGAAAAUGGCCCUGGCGAGAAAACGAGCGUUUCAUAACACGAGUUUUAAGUAUUCAAAAACUAGUUCAGUGAUCUUUGACGCUUCGUGGCACACGAGUUCGAAUCCUCUUUUUCGGCGAGGGACGAAAGCAAUUAUAGACAGAAUUGGUGCUAACUGAUCUUUCUAUAAAUUAAAUACCCUAGUUAGAAUCUAGAGGUGUUUUGCUAUUAGAAAUUCCCUUUAAAUGAUAAGAAAGAGGGAAAAGUAGGAAACAAAAUGAGAGAGAGAGAGAGAGAGAGAGAGAGAGAGAGAGAGAGAGAGAGAGAGAGAGAGAGAGAGAGAGUUACUGUAAGUUUCAGCCCAUGAAGUGAACAAGUGUUGUACUAAAAGUUUAUUAUUGAUUAUUAUUAAUUAGUGUGUGUGUGUGUGUGUGUGUGUCCCAUUCGGAGUUUUAGCCAAGUCUAUUGUAGCGUCGUCGUCGUCGUCGUGGUCGGCGUCGUUCUGUAGUGCUGAGGUGUGCGCGGCGUGAUGUAACACCCGACUGAACGAACCACCGAAAAGCGAACCACCAAUCUUUGCUUCGAAGGAAGAACUGGGCGCAGAUUUGCCGUGUUUCACGUGCCGCCACUCCACUAAAUCUCGCACACUACCCGCACCUCCAGCAGCGCCGCAUGUGUCACUUCCGCAACACUCCCUCCAUACACGAGUAAAGGAGUUAUAUUCGCGGGGUUAAGUCGGGAUCAGUCCGAAGGGAAACUUCGUUUCCAGAACAAAGAAAAAAGAAAGAAAAAAAAAAAAUCACCGCACAAACGUAUAGUGUAUGUACACGUAUAAACAAUGUGUAAGUAAUAAAUAUUACUUAGCUUUGAAAGCAGCAGGAUACACGAUGAGGUAUCGGUAGUGACAAUGUCGAUAUGUUGUGUGGUUACCCGCCACUCAUGAUGGCGGUCACUGUCUUCUCUUAAGAAGCCUUUCUAUAUUCGACAACCAUGGCCUCUAUUGGUUUCUCCUCUUCCUCCUCUCUAAGAACGCAGUGCCACGGACGCUGCACCUAAUACUGGCCACUCUAACCACGACGUGUUUGUUGUGCUGCAGUGAGUGCGGCGUCUGUCAGCGAGUGGUAAUUCACCAUGAGCACGCGGGACGGUCGUAUGUGAUGGCACUCUUGGAUUUAGUUCCACAUACUUGUUGCAGCAGUGGCUGACGUGCGGCGAUGCUGGAGGUCGCGUGACACCUGCUUUAGUCGGCGCCGCAUUGGUUCACACACGCAACACCUGCAUCAGGUGCACAAAGACAGCACUCGGCGAGAAAAAUAAGAUUCAAGUGUUUAUUCUCCUCCUGCAGCGGUCGUGGAUCACCAGGAGCGAGGUGAUCGGGCUCGGCACUCUUUGUUCAGCUGAGGAUUUCCUGCACCUGGCCUUGUCAUGGUUUCGAUUCCCUUCUGUGCAAAUUCCGGCGCGAAAAGACUACGGCGGUUACUGACAGGGACUGGCCGCGUGAGAGUGCCGCGAUACAGUGCCGCCGCGACACACAAACUGCUGAAAACGCGGCAAUUUUGCUCCCAUUUUUCGCUGGCGUGGAGCCGCCACGCCUCGACGCGCCGGGAAACACUUACGGGCGCCGCUGAACGAGAAGUGGCGGACCGAAUCACCGAAUCGUACUUACGUAUAUUGAGUGGCGUCUAUUAUUUUGAGGCAAACUUUACACAUUACGGAGAGAAAUAUAGAAACAGAAAGUGUCGUACCAAAGAGAUAGUUUUGUAUGAAAUAUAAUCUCUGUUUUAGCGAAAUAUAUAAUAUAUAAUACAGAUAUAUCAGAUAUUUUCGGUAGUAUAUACGUAUAUGUAAGUGUUGAAUAAUGUGUAUGUUUGUAAAUGUAUAUGUUGAGAGUCGUUCAUGGUGCGGGCGAGGGGUGGGCGUGUGGUGGGCGGCGGGAGCGGGCUGCUGGCGUGGGUGGCGGGAGGAGGGUCGCCGCUGUGGUCGUUCUUGGUGCUGAGGGCAGGUGCUACUGAGGGAGGGAGUCGAACUGGUGGUGUGUGUAGGUUAGGUUAGCGUGUGUGUGUACUGCCAGGCCGCGGGGAGACCCACUGGUGUGUGUACGCCUGUUUUGUUUUUCUCUCAGUUCAUCAAUAUUUCUAGUUACUACUACUACUACUACUACUACUACUACUACUACUACUACUAUUACACUGAUACUACUACUCCUACUACUUUUAUCGUUGUUAUCAUUAUUAUUAUUAUUGUUAUUAUUAUUAUUAUUAUUUAUUUUUUUUGGCGGUGACGAAAGGAUGGCUGGAUUGAAGUAUAAAAUAUAAGGUCGCUAGGAAUGGUUGUUGUGGUAUAGUUACUCUUAGUCAAAUUUCACUCUCCUUUCGUUCUUCCCCAAAGUCACAAGACAUAACUUCGUCUUUCAAAAGUUUCAAUAUGCUUAAGAGAAGAUGCAUUCCCGGCUCCUAGAUGUUGAGUUGGCGAGUGUGUGGCAGUAAUGGAGCCAGCUGAGGACACGAGACACGAUAACACUCCUGCUGACUUUUUUUCUUUUUCUUUUUACAUGUAAGGGUGGCACUGGUCGAGAGCAACAAAAGGAACGAAAUAAAAGACCUAUUGAAGUGCCAGAAAAGUCAAAAUCAUUCAAAAUUAGAGUAUGUGUCUUGAGAUCUCACUCUUCAAAGAAAUGCUGUCAUUCACGCAUUGAUUAUUUGACGUAUUCUUUCCUGUCUUGCCUUGACUCGUGCGGCAAACUGAUUUAUUCCUACCAAAACCAUAAUUGAAUACGUAUACCAGUCAGCGAGCGAGUGAAAGCGUCAGUCAGCGGCAGCGUUACCCGGCAGCGUUACCGUGUCCCGCGUCCUCAGCUGGCUUGAUUACUGUGGCAGAGUUAGCGGCACAGGGUUUAGUUACUCCUACACGUUAUUCUCGCACUUCCAAACAAAACAGAGAAGCCAAAGCAAUGUAUAUUUAAAUGUUAAGUGUUACAAACUUGAAUGUCUAUGUAUCAGGAGAAAAACUAACAAAGAGGAGAGAGAGAGAGAGAGAGAGAGAGAGAGAGAGAGAGAGAGAGAGAGAGAGAGAGAGAGAGAGAGAGAGAGAGAGAGAGAACCUAUUUAUUUUUAUAGAAAGACUGUUGAGUAAAAAAAGUAUAUAAAUGGAAAGUUUUAUUUACGAGUAACUUACAGUAGGUCACGUAAAUUUAGGUUAAGUUAGGUUAGGUUAGGUUAGGUUAGGUUUAGAGAGAUUAGUGGUGAGGGGGGAGUACGUGAGUUGGGGAGAGUUCAUAGGUGAGGGGAAUGUACGAGGCCUGGGGAGUGUACGUGGGUGAGGGGAGUGUGCGAGGGCUGGGGAGUGUGCGAGGGUUGGCUGCGGGGUGACAGACUCUGGGAGGGAGGGAGAAUCUAGUGAUAAUGCAGAUGAAGAAACACUUUUCUUCCUUGUCAUUGUGCUAUUGUAGAUACUAGAUGUUUAAUGUGUGUGUGUGUGUCUGUGUGUGUGUGUGUGUGUGUGUGUGUGUGUGUGUGCAUGCGUGCGUGCGUGCGUGUGUGUGUGUGUGUGUGUGUGUGUGUGUGUGUGUGUGUGUGUGUGUGUGUGUGUGUGUGUGUCGUUAGGUGUAAGUCAGUCAGUGUGUGUCGUCCCAAGGGGACCAUGAGGCGGAGGAGGAGAAGAGGAAGACUCAAUGAGUGAACACUGCCACACGCGUGCAGUAGUGGAUGGCAACAGUACUAGUGACUGGUAACUGAUGCUAAUAACCACAGUCGUCGCAGGCUGAGCUGAUCUGCCCCUUACAUCCUAUCCCACCCCCACCCCUCCAUCGGCAGUGACUGGUGCACUUCUAAUGCUCUGGCCAAUUGUUGAUAUAUAUAUAUAUAUAUAUAUAUAUAUAUAUAUAUAUAUAUAUAUAUAUAUAUAUAUAUAUAUAUAUAUAUAUAUAUAUAUAUAUAUAUUCAGUCAACUUAUCAAUUAUCCUUCCCGUAAACUGAUUUUCGAAAACAUCAAUAGAAAAAACAAUGAUGAUAUGAAGGCAAAAACACUUCAGAAAAUGAUAUCAUUUGGUAUUACUCUCAGCCACACAGGCGUGGCGCGUGGCCACAGCUCGUGGACGUGUUCAGGUUAAGGAUAUUAUGUUGUUUUCACAUUUUUGUUUCUAUUACCUUUGGUUUCGUAUCGAUAUUUUCGAAAAUCAGCUAAUCAACAACGUGAUUGAAAAGUCAUGAAAAGGUGGUGAAGUGGCAGGAGCAUCAGGGGAACACCAAUCAGCGCCGCGGAAAGAAGGGGAGGAGGGGCGGGGGGCUGGGCUUCUAGAUCAGCUUGGGUCACUGAGGCCACUGAUGCUGAUACCAUGUAGGCACCACAGGUGAUGAUUGUUACUGAUAGUGAUAACAAUAACGGUAAUAAUAAUAAUAAUAAUAAUAAUAAUAAUAAUAAUAAUAAUAAUAAUAAUAAUAAUAAUAAUAGUAAUAAUAAUAAUAAUAAUGAAAAGAAGAAUGGUAUCAAGUGAUAGUAAUAAUAAUAAUAGUGCAUAUAUUAUAAAAUACAUGAAUAUUUAAUUACUACAAAGAGUAAAGCAACACAACAAUAUAGGAUCAAAAUUAUUUGAAAAAAAAGAAAAUAAAGAGAAAAUAAGAUGAAGAAGAAAGGAAUAAAAAAACAAGUAAAAUGCGAGUUUUAGAAAAUAAAUGAAAAAUGAUAAGAAAAAAAAAUAAUGAAAAUAAUACACGUGGAAAAAAAUGAAAAAAAGAAAGAAAAUGGAAUAAAAAGAAGACACAGGAAACUUUAAUCAAGUAAAACUGGAAAUAAAGAAGUUCCGAUAAAAAAAAGAUAAAGCUUAAUAAUAAUAAUAAUAAUAAUAAUAAUAAUAAUAAUAAUAAUAAUAAUAAUAAUAAGGCAAUGAGUAUAGAUAGUAGAAGUAGUAGUAUUAGUAAUAGUAAUAGCAGUAGUAGUCAUAGAAGAAGGAAAAUAAGAGGAAUGCAAUGUCGCUGUUGCAAGACGCACGCGUUCUCCACAACUGCCACCAAUGUAAUAAAUAACACAACAAAACAGUAAUAGGAUAUAAUCUUGUCCAACACUGCCAGUUCUUAGUGAUGAUGAUUAUAAAGGACCACGAUACGUACUGCAGGCGUGACUAUAACUAAUGCCAGUACGAAAAUAAAUGCACCUUUUUUUUCCCCCAUUCCCUUCCCUUUAGUGUGCAUCGCCGUCACCACCACCACUACCACCACCACUACUACUACUACUACUACAGGUUCAUAGUAACGCCAUCUGUUUUUCUUAUUGUGUACUAAUCUUUGAACUGGAUCAGAUUCCAGUAUUUCUUGUCUUGGUUACUUUAAAGAGGACCUCUGUUGGGAGUUAUGGUUGGUUUCAAGGAAGCUUUCAUGGUUUUAUUCUUAGUUUAACACGCCUCAGUGGAAGUUUUCAAGUGUUGUUUUACUUCUAGUGAAAUGCAUUGUGGUUUUCAAGGUGCUUUCAUGACUCUAGUGAUAGUUUAACAAGGAUUCUCUAUCAUCGGUGUGGGAAAAUAUGAAAAUGUACUAAUUAUCUUUGUGGUCUUUGAAAAGAGUCCUUAUGAAAAUUCAAGGCGUUUAGAAAUUAAACGUUUUCUUGUUAUACCAAAAUUCUACACCGUGACACAUUCCUCACCCGCAGCCAGCCCGUGAAGUGAGUGCAUUCUUAUCUUACAGUGCGGCACAAAAGUUUUGGCUGCCAGCGAAAACACCAAAGUUUUCAGGCCACUGCAUUUGCUCGGCCUCGGGUUAUUUGUGCCGGUCAGUUGUUUUACUUUUUCUUUUCUUUUUUUUUUUUUUUCUUUACACUGCACCAAUCAGCCAUAAAGCAACACUUGUCUGUCAUCGUGCUUCAAGUCAGCACCACGGUCAGUCACUGUACGUCUUCAGUGCCAGAAUUUCCAUGUACAGUCACGGCCAGAAGUUUGUUCACGUGCCGUAUUCUUCUCCGCUGAUUUAAACGUUUUGUCUCCGAUGUGCUGCCUGUCACCUUGCACACCUGGGAAGAGAAAGGUUCCAAGGAGAUCAGAGGGCGCAAGGCUGAAGGAACACGCUAAACACUGGCAGUGAGAGUGUCAGGUUACAAGACUUCUGGCCGCGACUGUACACCUGCAACGCGCUAUUCUUGCAUCCUCACGGGGACACUGACGCACUGAUCUGAAAGCUGGAGGAUAAACUGUCAAUGAGCGAUCGUCACCGGGGACUGAACCUUGGCACCAUACUCCAGUGAACGAGAGCCCCUCAUGCCACGCGGGCCGAGAUGAUCAAAGCCUCUGCUCAGAAGCGCCUCUCUCUCUCUCUCUCACCACUACUGUUUUCAAAGGCCACAGAGAUAAUUAUCAGCGUUCUCAAAACUGUUUCUCCUGUUGAUAGUGUAGAAAUCGUAUUGAUCUGUCACUUGAAUUGUAAAAAUAUCCUUGGAAACCAGUGAAACUUCAACUAAAGGCUUCUGAAUACAGUGAAGGUGCGGCGCAGGUGUGUUUCAGAAUUAUGGUCUAAAGGAAAGCGAAUUUCUGUCCGCCCUUGGGAACCUUAUAGCGCAGCGUGGUGUGUGUGUGUGUGGUGUGUGGUGUGGCGAUGCUUCCCGUGUAGUUAACUUACGUCUAGGCAACUUAACUUAGAGACAACUUAACUCUUAACUCAGUAACUCUUAAGUGUACUAGAAACUGCCGUAGCUGUUAGAUAAGAAAAGUGAGAAAUAAUCUGUGUUCAUAAUUGUAAGCUUUUUGGGAAGACUUGUGUAUGUAGGGUGUUGUAUCGUGUGUCUGUCUGUCUGUCUGUCUGUCUGUCUGUUCUGUUUGGUUUUCGUAUUACUUUUUCUUUUCUUUUCUUUUCUUUUUGCGUCUUAUUUCUCGUCUUUCCUCUUUGUGUGUUGUAGAUGCUGUUGUUGUUGUUGGUGUUGUUGCUGCUGCUGCUGCUGCUACUGCUGUUGUGAUAUACGUGCUUGUGGAUUUUGGUUUAUUGUGGCUCUCUCUCUCUCUCUCUCUCUCUCUCUCUCUCUCUCUCUCUCUCUCUCUCUCUCUCUCUCUGGCUGUCGUGUCGUGUCGUGUCUCGUGUCCUAUAUUUUUCUGAUGGUAGCGAUAGUUAGUGUGUUGACUAUUAAAUGUCCUAUCUAAACACUAUUAGGUUACCUAUUGUUACUGUUAUCGUUUAUUUGUUUAUCUUUCACUGUCAGUUGUUUUCUCUCUCUCUCUCUCUCUCUCUCUCUCUCUCUCUCUCUCUCUCUCUCUCUCUUCUCUCUCUCUCUCUCUCUCUCUUCCUUUUUUCUUUUUCUUUUUUUCAGUUACUUUUUCAAUUGUCAUUCUUAUUUCUCUUUUAGUCGAAACGUUUACACACACACACACACACACACACACACACACACACACACACACACACACACACACACACACACACACACACACACACACACACACACACACACACACA